UCCUUCAAAUUUAAUGCUGGAUAGAUUAAGUGGAAAAAUUGUACAUAUUGAUUUUGGUGAUUGUUUUGAGGUUGCUAUGAAAAGAGAAAAAUAUCCAGAAAAAAUACCUUUCCGUCUAACUAGAAUGCUUAUUCAGGCAAUGGAAGUGACAGGAAUUGAUGGAAAUUAUCGUUUAACUUGUGAGCGUGUUUUACGUCUUUUAAGGGCAAAUAAUGAUAGUAUUUUGGCUGUGCUAGAAAGUUUUGUUUAUGAUCCAAUGUUAAAUUGGAGGCUUACUGAGGGUGUUGUUAAUGCUGCUGGGAUAGCUGGUGGUGGGGGAGUUGGCGGUGGAGUAACAGGAAAAGAUAAUACAUUAGUUAAAGGAAGAGUUUCACUUCCAUUAGUUGAAGAUCCAAAUACUACAACAGCUACUAUUCCACCUAAUAUAAAUCCUCAUCAAUAUCAUCCACAUUAUUUAAGACAACAACAAAUACAACAACAACAAACAGAAGAAAUACAUGGAGGGGGCAAACCACCCUUUCAAAUUCAACAGCAAAGAGGAGAAGAUAAUGAAGCAAUUAGUAGGGUUAAAGCAAAACUUUGUGGCCGGGAUUUUAAUCCCUUCGAGCCUAUUAAUGUUACGGAACAGGUUGACCGUCUUAUUGAACAAGCAACAAUGAAUGAUAAUUUAUGUCAAUGUUAUAUUGGUUGGUGCCCAUUUUGGUAG